AGUCAAUGACGUCAAUGUCAUAAAUUUGAUGUAAAAAAAAAAAUUUGUUGGUUAGUUUUUAAGUUAUUGUAUCCAGAACAGAAAAAUCCAAAAAUAUCUAUGAUUUGUAUAGAUCCGGAUCCAACACCAUGUCCUCCCAGAUUUUAGGCCCUGAAUGGAGUUUAUGCCCAGACGGUAUCAAUAUUGUCACUGAAAAUGGUACGGUUAAAGACCCGAAAACGGCUCUUAAAAAGGCUUUGGACUCAGACCUAAAAACCAUUGGAAAGUCUACCUUACCGAACCAGUUGUCUAAGAGUCAAAUUGGAAAGGUAGUACUUCAGAUUCAAAAAAUAAGAAACACUUCAGCUCCCAAAUCAAGGGAAGAGUCUCAAGCAGCUCCUCGAAUGCUAAAACUAACUCUAACUGAUGGGGAAUCUUAUGUGCAAGCAAUCGAAUCAACCCAUAUUAGUAGUAUAAGUAGAGAAAAGACUGCUCCUGGUACAAAGGUGCUUAUUAAUGGAGCCCCGGUAGUCUCAGGUUAUUUACUCAUCUCCCCCAAUAACUGUACAGUACUUGGGGGACAAGUUGCACACAUGUACGAAAAGUGGUUAUUAGCAAAAAGUGUACAACAAAGCCAUAGGCAAGUUUCAAAUGAUGGUGCUCCUCCAUGGGUUGCUUUUGGCCACAAAAUAUUAUCGGGUAACCAUGAAAAAGGGUUUAAGUCAUUGGAAAAAGGCAAGGAGGGAGGCGGAAAUUCUGAAUUUGAUCAACAAAGAAAGGAAGCAAUUGCAGAAGCAUCAACAGGUGCUGUCAAAAAGACGUUCAGUGGUCGGGUUAAGCAAAAUGUUCAACCUGUUCAAACCAACCAGCAAUACAAUCGAGGUAAACCAAAUGAGAGAGGAGAUUCAGACCGAGGCCGACGAGGCAAGUUCUCACGAGACGAUGGUGAGGUUGAAAAACCCCAAAAACCUUCUGAAAAAGUAUCUUUAUUCUCAUUUUUGGAAGACAAAUUACCAGCGACGGAGUCAAAAAAACCCGCAGCUCCCUCACCAUCGUGUAACAAAAAUAACUGUCAAAAUUACCACCAAAAGGACCCAAGAAUCCAACAGAGGGCUGAAGCUAGACAAAAUGGAAAACCCCUUGAUAAAAAUGCUUUUAAUAAGGAUAGGCCAGUGGAGAGUAACGCUAGUCUUAAACCAAUGAAAGAAAAAGCUACAAUUAAUAAUGUAGAAGGAAAAGCUCCUGGUAGGAUGGAAACUGGUAGUAAAAGCAAUGUAAAUAAUGGCACAGUAAAAGCCUCAAAUGAUAAACGAAAUAGUCAAAGUAUUAGCACUGACAGCUCUAGAACCCCUCAAAAAUACUCAAGAGACCAAACUGCAACUAAUGAUAUUAUGCAACAAAAUCAAGGGCAUAGUCAAACUCAAAAAUAUUCCCAACAACAGCAUAAUAAUUACAAUCAAUAUAAAGGUUCAAACGACAGGCAAAACCAUACCACAAACUACAGAAAAGAUAGCUAUAAUCAACAACAAUACCCAGCUAAUACCCCGCAGAGUAGUUACAACCAAAAGUAUUCAAAUCAGCAAUAUGCACAACAGCAACAAUUUAAUCCGAAUCAUAACCUACAUAAUCAACAACCAUAUCAAACUUCGAUACCUCAAGCAGUUGAUGCACAGCUAAAUACCGAAGAAAUGCAUCAGCUAGCAAAUAAUUUAUCGAAAAUGUCAGUGAGUAAUGAAUUUGCUAGUAGAUCUUUGAGACAGCAUUUGAAUUUGGGUCCUCCGAAAAAGCAAGAGCCUCACCAGCAACAAAAUGGCUCCUUUGGUCCUCAAUUUAAAGUCGGAGAUCAAUGUCUGGCUAAAUAUUGGGAGGAUGGCAAGUUUUAUCCAGCAAUAAUAGCAGCAAUAACAGAUAAGACCUAUGCAGUUCAAUUUAAGGGCUAUGGGAACAUCGAGGAGGUUCUUAAGAAUGACUGUUUUUCAGCAACUGCCAAUAUAUACAAUCAGCCAAAUAAAAAUUAUUCUAAUAACUAUAAUAAUUAUCAACAAAAUAAUUUCUCAGGUACUUCAAUGGAAUUUCGGAGUCGACGAGGUCCUCCUAGGAAUUAACUAAUAAAUAUAGUAACUAAGCAAUAAAAACCCCUUUAUUUAUAUAAAAUUUAUUACAUCAACAAUUGAUUGUUAACAUUCUCUUCUUUUUAACAAAACCGUAUAUUAUAUAUAAAAAAUAAACAUUAUUUAUUAACAAAGCAA